AUGUCGGAAUCGUGUCAAGACGGUAAUUGUCAUGGAAAUAAUGAAUUUGGGCCUGAUGAAUCACCUACGAAGCUUAUUGUCAAUUAUAUUCCUGAGGUUAUGACCCAGGACAUGAUGUUUUCACUGUUUUCUACCAUGGGUAAAUUAGAAAGUUGUAAAUUGAUAGCGAACAGAGGAUAUGGGUUCGUCGAGUACUGUCGCCCAGAAGAUGCGGUAAAGGCACGUAAAGCCUUCAACGGCCUCUUAAUGCAAAACAAAACACUUAAGGUAUCUCACGCCCUACUCAAUCCGGAGCUGAAGCCGCCGACAAAACCGGAAGCGGAUUGGAACCUCUACGUAUGUAACCUACCUAAUGAACUGACCUUGCAAGAUCUACAUGGACUGUUUGCACAAUUUGGAAAAAUAGUGAAUUCCCGCAUUGCGUCAGGCAUAGCUUUUGUAUUAUAUGAACACCAAUAUGAAGCGGAGAGAGCCAUACAUAAUGUUAAUGGUACAACUCCUCCUAGUUUUUUUACACCCGUUAACUGUGCAAUAGGGGAUCACAAUUCUCCGAGCACAUGGUCGAUAUACAUUUAUAAUAUUGCCCCCGAAGUAGAAGAGUUGACUUUAUGGCAACUGUUUGGUCCAUAUGGUGCUAUUGUGUCCGUUAAAAUAAUUAAAGAUCAUCAAACAAAUAAAAGUAAAGGAUUCGGUUUUGUAACUAUGAGAAAUUACGAUCAGGCAGCUAUGGCAAUACAAGCUUUAAACGGCUACGUGCUCCACGGCCAGCCACUGUCUGUAUAUCCAAGUCCAGGGGCGGCCCGCGGCGUGUGGGCGCUGCCGCAGCCGCCCCCCUGCACCAUGGCAGCGGAGGAGUCCCUUCCUCCCUGUUCGCCCAUGUCCCCAGAUGCUCCAGCCGCCCAACCACGCAUCACCACCAAUCUGAACCACCACUCCGAUUUCCAUCAGCUUAUAUUUGAAGCUGUAAGAUCUGGAGAAGUUUCGGACAUCGAAAGGCUGGUGGAAAAGUUGGGUGUGGAAAUGUUAAGUGCUCGUGAUCAGCACGGAUAUACGCCGGCACAUUGGGCGGCUCUGGAUGGAAGUGUUGCUGUCAUGCGAUACUUAGUAGAAAGAGGAGCCCCGGUCGAUCUGUCCUGUUUGGGCACCCAGGGACCUCGGCCUAUCCACUGGGCUUGCCGUAAGGGACACGCAUCUGUAGUCCAAGUUCUAUUGCAAUCUGGCGUUGCUGUAAACGCUGCGGACUUUAAAGGGCUUACACCACUCAUGACGGCUUGUAUGUAUGGUAAGACAGCGACUGCUGCUUAUCUUCUGGGUAUGGGUGCUGCUACUCGACUUUCUGAUAUCAAUGGUGACACCGCCUUACACUGGGCUGCAUAUAAAGGUCAUGCAGAUUUAGUCCGUCUUCUCAUCUACUCCGGAGUGCCCUUGCAUUGUACGGAUAACUUUGGCUCCACUCCGUUGCAUCUUGCUUGCCUAUCUGGUAAUCUAACUUGUGUGAGACUACUUUGCGAAAAGGUUAAAGCGGAAUUGGAGCCAAGAGAUAAGAAUGGUAAGACGCCAUUGAUGUUGGCACAGAGUCAUCGUCAUGCUGAAGUUGUCAAACUACUGACGAAGGAAAUGAAGCGUAAGUCGCACUGGAUACCGCCGUUAUCGGAGUUUUGGGCGAUGCUGUUUGGUGGCGCGGGAGACUCUAAGGGUCCGCUAUUGUUUUUCCUCUUUUCAGUACUUCUAUGGGGUUACCCUAUGUACAUCAUUAGGUGCAUUCCCUUAACAUGGAACACAAUGCGUUUGUCUCACUACUGCUUCCUGUAUUGGAAUGCUAUUAUGUGGCUCAGUUGGGUCAUCGCAAACCGAAGGGACCCCGGCUACAUACCACAGAACUCGGAAACUUACUACCGAGCUAUCAGACAGAUACCGUAUUACGAUAAAUGGAAGAAAAGGAAUAUUAUACUCUCUCGUCUCUGCCAUACCUGCAGAUGUUUGAGACCGUUGAGAGCUAAACACUGCCGUAUCUGCAAACGUUGCGUCGCAUACUUCGAUCACCAUUGUCCCUUUAUAUAUAAUUGCAUCGGUGUCCGGAACCGGAUGUGGUUCUUCCUCUUUGUCAUGAGCGUCGCCAUAAACUGCACCUUAUCUAUAUACUUCGCGUGUUAUUGUCUUCUGUUGGAGGGCUUCGGACUUCUUUAUGUAUUGGGUUUAUUGGAAGCUAUCACAUUCUGCGCGCUUGGAUGGAUAUUGACGUGCACUUCAGUCUUACACGCGUGCAUGAAUUUAACUACCAACGAAAUGUUCAAUUACAAAAGGUACCCCUACCUCCGUGAUAAGAGAGGUCGCUACCAAAAUCCAUUCUCUAGAGGCCCGCUGAUGAAUCUCAUAGAGUUCUUCGUAUGCCUUCCCGACAAAUGCGACGAGCAAGAUUUGUUCUACGAAGAGAACAUAUGA